AUGGGGGAAACUUUAGAAGAAUUAUGUCAGAGGUUGUCCCUGUCGGAGCAAGAAAAAGAGGAGAUUAUAGUGAAUGAAGGGCUGCUCGAAGAAUCUAAGCAAAGGGGUGAACAUUGUUUAUUAGUCUCAUUAUUAACGGAAAAACCUUACAACCGUGAGGCUUUCAAGCAAACUUUGAAGAAAAUUUGGCAUCCUGUAAAAAAGAUAUGGGUGAAGGAUUUGGGGUCAAAACCUUUUCUAGUGGAGUUUGAAGAUCAGAAGGAAAAGGCUAGAGUGCAAUGUGAGGGUCCUUGGUCCUUUGAUAGAAAUCUGAUUUUGAUGCAGAAUUAUACAAGGGAAGUACAGGCAACUAGAGUUCAAAUAUCAACAGCGGCUUUUUGGAUUAGGUUAUAUGAUCUUCCUUUGGGAGCUAUGAAUGAGAAGGUGGUGAGUAAGAUUGGUAACAGCAUUGGUGUAGUGGAGAAGAUUGACGUUGAAAAGGAUGAAGUUGCAUGGGGUGAGUUUAUUAGAAUCGGGAUACUCUUGGAUGUUACAAAACCUUUGUUGCAAGGAAAAUGUAUAAAUUUGGGCAAUCAUGGUAGCUGCUGGGUUUGUUUUACGUAUGAGAGAUUGCCUACAUUCUGUUAUGCUUGUGGUCGCUUGGGUCAUAGUCAUAAGGACUAUAGCAUUUGGAAGAAUGAUCAAGGAACAUGUAAGGAAGACAACCUUCCAUGGUCCAUGGUUGCAAGUGUUUGGUUUCCCUGGGAAUGCCUACAACCCCAUGAGAAGCAACCUGUGCAAGGCAGAGGUCCUACUAUAACGGUUCCAGUGCUGCAAUCAAAGGUGUUAGCACCAAAUUAG